AUGGACGAGUCGGCGGGCGGGGCACCGCGGCGGGCGGGCCUGGACUUUUCCGCGCUGAACGAGUCUGUGGGCAGGUUUCAAGAGCGCUUUGACGAAUAUGUACACAGCACCGUGGAUCAGAUCAAGAGCGACGCCGAUACUAAAAAGCACGACCGGAAAACGGCCGAGGCAGAGUCGUCGGAUCUUACGCGCGAGUGCGACGCGAUCAAGCAGGACCAGAAGCAGCUGUGGGAGACCGUGGCCGCGGAACGCAGGGAAGACACGCAUCUGCGCAGCAGCCUGCAGGCGUUCUACACGCAGCAGAAAUCGCUCGAGCAGCGCACUGGGGAGUUGGCCGGGGACGUCGCGGAUGCGCGGCGCGAAUUCGAGGCGCUCGAGACGCGGCGGGCAGAGAAACUCGCCCUGCUCGAGCGCCAGGUGCAGCUCAACCGUCCGGAGCUCGCGGUGCUCGAAAAGUACACGGGCCUCUCGAUCACGCCCGCCGAGCGGCGGGGGACGCUCCGCUUUGCGUUUCGCCUCCUCUCGGCCACGACGCCGAACGAUGCGUGCUCGCUGGAUUUGGACGUGUCGCAGUCGCAGUACACCGCGCCGCAGUACGACGCGCGGCUGAGCAAGGAAACCGUCCAGCGACUGCUCCAAUCUCUCAACGACCAGGGCGAUCUGCCCGCCUUUUUGUGUGCGCUGCGGCGGGCAAUGCAAGCCGUGUGCCAAUAG